UAGGGAUGUGUUUCCCUUUGCACAGUGCUCAUCUUACGCAACUUUUUUCCCCCUUAACCAGGCAGUUGCAGUGGUGCAAAAUGGCUGACCUCAGUCUUGCAGAUGCAUUAACAGAGCCACCUCCAGAAAUUGAGGAAGAGAUAAAACGGGACUUUAUUGCCACGCUGGAGGCAGAGGCCUUUGACGAUGUUGUGGGAGAAACUGUUGGAAAAACAGACUAUAUUCCUCUCCUGGAUGUUGAUGAGAAAACCGGGAAUUCGGAGUCAAAGAAGAAACCAUGCUCAGAUACUAGCCAGGUUGAAGGUACUCCAUCCAAACCAACAGGGCUAGCCAAUGGUGAUCACGGAAUAGAAAGGAAUGAUACUACAGGUUCUCCAACUCCAUUCCUUGAAGAGAAAAUGGCCUACCAGGGAUAUCAGAACAUCCAGAACUGGCCAGAAAACACAAACUUUUGCUUUGAACCACAACAAUUGGUGAAUCCUACCCAGACUGAUCCCUUUAAGAUGCACCAUGAUGAUGGCCUGGAGGAUUUUCUCUUUCUCCCCAGUGGAACAACCAAUGCUUCAGCAUUUACAGAACAAAAUGAUCCCCUGCAAGACAGUUAUGGUCUGUUUCCCUGUGACACAUUUGCUCCUGCAAGUAUUGGACCUCAGGGGUGGCCUGUGGAAGCCCCAAACUCUCCACACUCGGAAUCCUUCAUUUCCCCAGAGGCCGCGACACACCCUCUGCAGCCCACAGCAGUUCCCGUAGAGCCAGCUGAAGAGGUAGAAGUGACAUCAGCAGAAGAGAGGGCAUCAACAGAAGCAUUGGAAAUCAUGAUGGGACUGAAGGCUGCUGACAUGGCACCAUCUAGAGAAACAGAGAUGUCUCCAGCCAAGGACAUGGCACAGGCCACAGAAACAGAGGUGGCCGUGGCUAAGGACACGGAACCAUCUACCAAGUCAGAUGUGACACUGGCUAAGGACAUGGAAUCACCUAUCGAAUCAGAUAUGGCCCUAGUCAAGGACAUGGUACUACCCAGAGAAACCGAAGAAGCCCCAGUUAAGGAUGCUGUAUUGUCCACAGAAACAGAUGUCUCUUUAGCCAAGGACAUGGUACUGCCCACAGAAACAAAGGUAGCCCCAGCCAAGGAUGUAUUACCAUUCAAAGAAACAGAGAGGGCCCCACCUAUAAAAAUGGAUGUGUCCCCAGAUGAGGGCCUGGUACCACCCACAGACAGAGAGAUGGCCCCAGCCAAGGGUGUGGUAUCACUCUCAGAAAUAGAAGUGGCACUGGCUAAGGAUGUUGUAUCAUCCACAGAAAUAUCCCCAGCCAAGGAGGUGGCCUUGUCCCCAGAGACAGAGGUGGCCCUGACUGGGGACGUGGCGCUGCCUCUGGAAACCAAGGUGAUGUUGACCGAGGAUGUGGCACUGCCCCCAGAAACCGAGGUGGCUCCAGUCAAGGAUAUGGCUCCACAUCCAGUUACAGAAAAGGCUCUAGUGAAGGACGUGGCUCCAUCCCCAGAACCAGAGAUGGCCCUGGGCAAGGACAUGGUUUCACCUCCAAAAACAGAGAUGGCCCUGGGUGAGAAUGUGGCUGUGUCCCCAGAAACAGAAGUAACCCUGAUCAAGGAUGUGCCUCAGCCUCCAGAAACAGAGUUAACCCUGGCUAAGGAUGUGGCUCCGCCCCCUCAGACAGAGGUGACUCUGGCCAACAGUGUGAGUCCAGCCAAGGAUGUUGCAGUACUCUCAGAAACAGAGGUGACACCAGUUCCAGUUAAGGACAUGGACACUGCACGGUCACAGGAAGAAAUAAGUGAGGAGUCCCAGUUAAAAUCUCUCAAGGAUGAGGGGCAGUCAGCUGCAUCUACUUUUAUCAUUUCUCCAGAUCCAGCCACAGCCGUGGGCCAGAAGUCCAACCUGCCGACAGAUGAGGAUUAUGUGUUAGAGAAACAAGAGCAGAAGAAACCAUUCAGUAGUCAACCUUCCGACCUUCCUUCAGAGACCUCAGGAAUAAGUAAGCCAGAAGAAGGACGGCCUGCUGGGAGUGUGACCGGAAAUGACAUCACCGCCCCUCCAAACAAGGAGCUCCCACCCAGCCCAGAGAAGAAAACAAAGCCGGCUCCCGCCACCUUUGGUGGGGCGAAUAAAAAACCCAUGAGCCUCGCUGCAGGCUUAGUGCCGGCUGCCCCACCCAAACGCCCUGCCACCGCCACUGCCAGGCCGUCCACCUUACCUUCAAAAGACUCAAAACCCAAGCCUGUUGCAGAGGCAAAGAUUCUGGAGAAGCGGGCCUCACCAUCCAAGCCAGCCUCUGCUCCAGCCCCCCGGCCUGGCUCCAAGAGCUCCCAGACUGUUCCAAAAGCCCCGGCCACUGCCAGUCCUGCCUCAGCUGGGCCAGGCAGUCGGAGCCCCCCCACGCCUGUGCCCAAGAGGCCCACCGCCAUUAGGACUGAGGGAAAACCUGCGGACAUGAAGAAGACAGCUACAAAGUCUGCACCAGCUGACUUGAGUCGCUCCAAGAGCACGUCCACCAGCAAUGUGAAGAAAAGCACCACUGUCCCUGGGGUCGCCCCCGUGGCAGGGGUGGCUCCCAGCCGAGCCAGGGCCACACCCACCCCUCCCCGGCCCUCUGGGACCCCUUCCUCAGACAAGAAGCCCGCCUCGGCCAAGCCCAGCUCCUCUGCCCCAAGGCUGAGCCGCCUGUCUACCAACGCUUCUGCCCCUGAUCUGAAGAAUGUCCGCUCCAAGGUUGGCUCCACGGAAAACAUCAAGCAUCAGCCUGGAGGAGGCCGGGCCAAAGUAGAGAAAAAAACAGAGGCAUCUGCUCCGGCUCGAAAGCCUGAACCUAACGCAGUCACUAAAACAGCCGGUCCCAUUGCGAGUGCGCAGAAACCACCUGCUGGGAAAGUCCAGAUAGUCUCCAAAAAAGUGAGCUACAGCCAUAUUCAGUCCAAGUGUGGUUCCAAGGACAAUAUUAAGCAUGUCCCUGGAGGUGGUAAUGUUCAGAUUCAGAAUAAGAAGGUGGACAUCUCUAAGGUCUCCUCCAAGUGUGGGUCCAAGGCCAACAUCAAGCACAAACCUGGUGGAGGAGAUGUCAAAAUUGAAAGUCAGAAGCUGAACUUCAAGGAGAAGGCCCAGGCGAAAGUGGGAUCCCUCGAUAAUGUGGGCCACCUGCCUGCAGGAGGGGCCGUGAAGACUGAGGGCGGUGGCAGCGAGGCCCCUCCGUGUCCGGGCCCCCCCGCUGGGGAGGAGCCGGCCAUCCCUGAGGCAGCGCCCGAAGCUGGCGCCCCCACUUCAGCCAGUGGCCUCAGUGGCAACACCACCCUGGCAGGGGGUGGUGACCAAAGGGAGGCCCAGACCUUGGACAGCCAGAUCCAGGAGACAAUUUGUAGUGAAAUGGCCCGGGAAUCUCCGAGGGCGUCUCCUCUGGACGAGCAUUUCCUGCAGUGCAGACUUGCCCCCGAGGAGGCCGGCACUCGGCCCCUCGCCCUCCCCGCCCGCCCCGCCGCUGCUCAUGCUGCCCCCCUUCCUGGAGCCCAGAAGGUAGGGGUUCUUGACUUAGGUUCAGAUCGGACCUCCGUGUAGAGGGAAGGCAUCUGGGCCGGCAGGUUCUCCCACUUCUGAGGUAGCAUUUCUCUCGGGGAGGUGGGACCCCACAUCCGCGGCUCCCCGAGCGCAGACUGCAGGGGUCUUCCCCGCACCGAGGACUGCAGAACGCCGUGUGCCAGGGACAUCGGGGCACCCGUGUUUUGUCGGCAGGAGGAAGGGGCAGAAGGAAGCUGGGGAGGAAGCGGUAGACGGUGCAGGGCCUGAAGGUGCCGAUGCCCUCGUGUGAGUCCCGGGGCCACGCACGUGCGGAGGUGGACAACCGGUCCAAGGGUAGGGGUGGGAGAGGUGACCCUCGUGGAGAACGCUGUAGGUGGGCUGGAGUGGUCCCAGCUCCCUCGAAGUGUCCCCCAAUCCCGAGAAGCAGAGAAGGCGCCCUCACAGCGAGGGACCACCUGCAGCCAUGUGGGGGUGCGUCUCUGAACCUCCAGUUUGCUUCUG